CCUGUGACCUGGUCACUACACCAUCGGCCUGCUCCAGCAGCGGUCUGGGCAGCGCCUCUAGCGGCAAUCACCAUCAGCACAGCUCUGAGGACGCCGACGCAUCACGACUGGCACCCCCGAAGAUCACACCGUACAGCGGAGUUCUCGGAAAGGGAAAGGUUGUCAUCCGACCAAUCGCCUUCAAGCCAGUUGCCAUGACGCCGGCGGCUCGUUUCACCAACUCUGGUGAACAUUAUGGGUCCACGCCCAUCCUGGCGCGUCCCGGGUCCCAACUCACGCUCUAUGGAAGCAGCAGCGACCUCAGGCAUUACCAUGGCAGCAAUUCAAAUUACUCUCUGGACCGGAAACUGUUGUCUUCUUCUACCUCAACAUCCUCAUCGCCGGCUCUAGCGAUGACGUCUCUGACGUCACUUCCACUGGCGUCGAGCAGAAAACUCGUCGGUUACGACAGCCUCGAAAAUGUUCGAAAGCCCCUUACCUCUGGCAUCUCGCACAACAACGGCAAUGGAAACAGUUCAAAGUCCUCUUCUUUCCGGGUGCUGUCUGGAGGCGAUGGCGGUAGUUUGUUGGAUCUAACGCCGUCACCUUCGGACUCCGGUGUUGCGGAACUGGAGGCUGCUCUCAGGGACCGCGACUCGGAGCUGGCCUACCUGCGUCAAACCAUGGAACACAAUGAGCAAGUUAUCUUCAGAGUUUAUCAGGAGAAGGAACGGCUGUGGGAGCGGGAACUUCGACGCAUGAAGACUGUGCAUGAGAACAGGUUGCGAGCAGGUGCACAGAAAGCCCUCAGACUGGAGCAAAUGCUCAUGAUGCAGACAUACCAGCGAGAAGAUGUCCAAGACUUGGGUCGCGCUCAGUUGCAGCAGGACAAGAACAGGCUUCGAGAGGAGGCCGAGAGAGCCACGCGGGAGGUUGGAGAACUGCGUCAAGAGGUGGACCUCCUUCGGGGUCGUCUGGAGGAGACAGAGUGGGGGCUCUGUCAGAAGACUGGAGAACUUUCGCUUCUGAAGGCACAGCUGAAGGACUCGCAGGGCGAGCAGACAACCAAGGGUCACGAGCUGCUUCACUUGCGUGGACAAUCACGAGAAUUGAAAACGGAAUUGGAACGACACGAGGCCGAAGCUACUGUACUCCGCCGACAGAUGAAGGAACGUGAUGAGGAAAUUGCUAGAUUGCAGCGACUCAUAGCAGAACUGGAGGAAACUAAUCUAGGCAGCAAACGUCGACAAGAUGAUUCCGACUCGGAGGUUCUGAGGUUGGAAACAGAGAUCAGCAGGUUGAAAGAACAGUUCGUUGAAGUAGGUUCUGCUAGCAAAUUGAAACUUGCAGCUAACGAGUUAGAAGUGGGUAAGUUGAGGGCGGACAUGUUACAGAUCGAGAAGGAGCUAAAAGUCGCUCAGGCAGUGGUUAAGUGUAGUCAUGGGACUUGCAAUCCCAAAACUCAACAAACUGAGAAAGUAGUAGCUCGACCGGACACUGAGUUGACGGAAUCUGGGACCGCCAAUACAGACGAGAGUAAUUUGAUGAACGGCGACCUGUGUCUGAUGAAGGAAGUGGAUCGACUUCGCGAAGAAUUAUCGGAGGAGAGAAAUGAGUUUGAGCGGGAGCGAGUUACGUGGGCCCAGGAGAAGGAAAAGGUACUCCGUUAUCAACGCCAGCUGCAGCUAAACUACGUGCAGAUGUUCAGACGUACUAGAACUCUGGAAACUGAGGUGGAGAGCCUCACUCUGGAGUUGGAACUCGAAACCAAAACGGGACGUUCCAGAAACAACCAUCCCGGCAAAAAACAACUGCCGGCUAUUGAUAUGUCACACACCAUUGAACUCUGACGUAUCGUGUUCCCUAAUCUUGUAUUAUAUCAACUGAUGGUUGAUGGGGUAUUUUGAAAUAUGUCGCGUUUCGUAAUUAGCGAAAACGUAUAAGCAAUUCCUGUUGAACAAAGGAGGAAAAAUGUUGAAAUGUUUGCUACUGGGAGUUCAAAUGAAAUAGCCUCUAUGUCAUGGCUGCAUUCAAUAACACGCAAGUUUUCGAUUGUCUAUGAAAUACAUGCAUACAGGCUUAGAUAUUUGUAUAAGGUAAACUAUCUUUAUGACCGUAAAAUAAGCAGAUAAAUUUCCGCCAAUUUGUCCUUAUUGUGGGUGCUUCAGAAAUGAAAGUAGUAGGAAAAUUACAAAAGAAAGACACCAUGCAGUGCGUAGAUUCUAAUCAGUAAGACUGUAUAAGGAAAACAAAGGAAUAUGCUUAUAAGGCAAUCGCAUUAAAGCCUCUAAAACAUAUGUUUUAAUUGCCCCGUGGUAAAAAACUUAAAUUGGGAAAAGUUUUUACUAACGCUCACAUCCAUUGUCGAAUAUAGAUUUAAACCCGCGACCCCAGCAUUUGUCCGAUCGUAAAUUGCGCAGCCACAGGUAUCCCCCAGAAAAUCUGCGUGCCUUAACAUGUACCUUUUAAAUGUAUUCUGAAUGGAGUACGGGAAUAUGGCCAACUUUUAUGCUAAAUUAAGCAUUACCAGGAAGUUUUUUUACUCGUAAAGUUAGUAAAUUUGAGCGUAAUGGAAGAAGUAACUAUAUAAUGCAAUUAUUUUUAGAUGCCCAAAAAGUGCACAUGUCUUAAGCCCAGGAUUUUUUUGAGAACUCAGUCAUAAGCAAGGUAUUUUCCAAAAUUUUUGUACGGUGAUGUGGAAUACGAAGGACAGGAAGAAAUUGUUGUUGGACUAAUACCGUUAUUGAGAAUGUAAUUUCACUAUUUCAAAUGUAAUUAUGACAAUUAUAAUUUUCUUAAUGUUCGUCAACCCGCGACCUUCAGAACUGGACUUGACUUCGAUUCAAAUAUCCCGGGAAUGAUCAUGGGCGUGGCUGUUUAACCCUUUAAAGCCGAAUGUUAAUUAUAUGAACCAGCUGUUUCAAAUAUCAGUAACUCUGUUUUUUGUGUUUUUUGUAAUAUAUCAGUGUAAACAAGGAUUAUUUCUUUAAAUAGCGUUAAAAAAUGUAUCUAUGUAAUGGAGAAGUGCUGUUUUCUUUGCGGUACGGACUGAAUACUUGUGUUACUUGGAAAAAUUCCACUCUAUAGUAGCCCCCCAUAUUAACGUAAAUCUUUUCCAAAUCGCCGCCCAAGGCCAAUAUCAAAAUCCAAAAUUAACGCAGAGACCCUGAUCCAUUUCCCUUGCCCUUACUAAACCUAUUCAUACCAGAAGGACGAGAGGGCAAUGCCUGGGAGCCUUCGUAGCCUCAAACCAACUUUAUACCACUCCUCGCCCAUUUAUAACAGUAGUGCCUAUCGCUACUCCCCCUCACUUUCUCCCCCUCUCUCACUCUUUCUCUCUCUCUCUCUUCUCCCCCCUCCACCCCAUAAAUUGUGUCUCACUUCACCCCACCAAUUUUCUAUUUGUUCUACUCACUUGCUAUUCUUCCCCUCCCUCCCCCCCUCUCUCUCUCUUCGUCGUCAAGGGGUUAAUAAAUGUUAAAUAAAAUAAUUGGAUGUUGAAAAGCACAAUAUUAUUUUCUCAUGAUAAAAGUAAUUAAAUAGAUUGAUGUUUCACUUAAGACAGUCGUUAAGAUAAUUCUAAUUAAUUAAAAGUCGGUUUAUUGUGACAACGCAUGUGAAUUUGUGUGGAUGUGACAUUGAGGGGUACAAACGUAAUUAGUAAGACAGACUAAUAACUUAACUGGUGAAUUACUUUAUACCUAACAGGUUCUUUGUUAUUUAUAUUGUGAAAUAGUUGUAAGCCUAGUGCAUGGAGUGCCCCAUGACAGUAUCAGUAACACAUAUUGUGUACUAAGAAAUGUUUUUACUUUAAUCGUCCAGACUGAUAAACUGCAAAGGUUUGUAACUGGAAGCAGACUGUAAACAAGUUAACUCCUUGAGUGUAUUACAAAAAUGUUCAUGUUGAUCUUACUUUCCUUAUUAAUAAAAAGUGUAUGCUUAUGACA